AUGGAAGGGUAUUUAGACAAAGGCCAUGUUAUCUACGCUGACAAUUUUUAUAACAUACCGGAUCUAACAAGGCGUCUUAGUCAAAGAAAAACGUACAUAUGUAGUACUCUUCGAAAGAUCCGCAAGAACCUUCCUCUAGACGUAGCCAACGCUAAGUUGAAGUUUGGCGAAAUGGCUGCAAAAGUAUGCAAUGACAUUACUGUUUCAGCAGUGUCAUCCGGUGCAUCAUGCGCAGCACCUGUACAACCACAAGAUGCCCAAGACAAACUUCAACUUAUACCUUCGUCGUCGUUACAAGGGCCCUCUGAACCACCUCGAUCGCCUGCUAAUAUUGCGAGUCGCUUAUCGACAAACGAAGGUGCACUCGUUCCACUGCAAAACUUUCAUUACUUAGAAAAACUACCACCCACCGCUAAGAAAGCCGUUCCAGCCAAACCUUGCCGCAUUUGCACAAAAAACAAGAAGCAAAAGGAAUCAUCGUUUGUGUGUGCUAUUUGCCCUGAAAAGCCUGCCUUAUGUGUAAAUAAUUGCUUUAAAAUUUUCUAUACUGAUCCUCGUAUUGCAUAG